AUGUCGACUUUUAAGUUUAAGACCCCAGGGAAUAAUGAUAAUAAUGAUAAUAAGCUUUCCAAAGGUGAUUUCCGUCAUUUGUCCCCAAAUAUAAUUCAUGAUACAUCUGCUGGUACAUCUGGUUUAAUUGCUGGUGAAUUAGCUGCUGAAGAUGAUAAUUUAUUAAAUAGUCAAAUAUUAACAUCCCAUGAAUAUGGCUCAAUAAACUCACAUCAAUCAUUAAUACCAGUAACUCAUGAACAACAACAAGAACAACAGAAACAAUAUCAAGACGAAGAUAUAUUAACAUAUGAAAUUGAUGAACCUAAUUCCGGGUUUGCAUUACCUAAAUCUCAAUUAUUUUCGGUAAUUUCUUCAUUAUUUAUGGCUUCAUUUUUAGCAGCAUUAGAUGGUACCAUUGUGACAACUAUUUUGACUUUAAUAGCUUCAGAUUUGAAUGUUGUAUCUAAUAUUUCUUGGAUAGCAACUGCGUAUUUAUUAUCUUCAUCAGCAUUCCAACCAAUUUUUGGUAAAUUAUCAGACAUUUUUGGUAGAAAAAUAUUAUUAUUAGGUUGUAGUGCUUUAUUUGGAAUUGGUUGUUUGAUUUGUAAUACCAAUUCUUUAGUUUUAUUGGUUGUAGGUAGAUUUAUAACAGGUUGUGGCGGUUCAGGUUUAACAGCAUUAGGAACUAUAACAAUGUCAGAUAUGAUUCCUUUAAGAGAUCGUGGAUUUUAUCAAGGGUUAGCAAAUGUAUUUUUUGGUAUUGGCUCAGCAUCUGGUGGCAUUGUUGGUGGUUAUGUAAGUGAUAUUCUAGGCUGGAGAUAUGUUUUUAUAUUACAAGUCCCAUUAUCAAUAAUUCUAUUUAUUACAAUAUAUUUUAACUUGAAUUUACCUCAAGGUUCUCCUGGGCUUGGAGCUUAUGAUCAAAAUUUGAAACAAAAAUUAAAAAGAGUUGAUUUUUCGGGAGCUUUGUUGUUAGUCAGUUCUUUAAUGAUGAUAUUAACGGCAGCUGCUUUAGGUGGUAGAGAUAUCGAAUAUAAUUCAAAAACUUUCAUUUCUUUAUGUGUUGGUUCUAUUAUUUUAUUGACUGGAUUUAUUUACAAUGAGCUUUACUUAGUUGAGGAACCAAUUUUACCAAUUACUUUAUUAAGUAACAGGACUAUUUUAGCAUCCUCAUUAGCAAAUUGGUUUUACACAAUGGCUUACUUUACUGUAUUGUUUUAUAUACCUAUUUAUUAUUCAUCGGUUAUGGGAAUGUCCGCUACUGAAAAUGGUUCAAGAUUAAUUCCAAAUUUUUUUGGUACUCUUGGCUCAAUUGGUGCUGGUCUUUAUAUGAAAAAGACUGGUCGUUAUUAUAAGCUAGCUAUAGCUGCUGGAACGUCAGCAACUUUUGGAAUUUUAAACAUGACUAGAUUAGGACCUGAAACACCAAUAUGGGAACAAUUUUUAUUGUUACUACCUACCACCUUAGGUUAUUCAUGUAUUUUGACCGUAACAUUGUUAGCUUUGAUUGCUGCUGUUCCACUUAAAUAUCAAGCUUGUACAACUUCAAUUCAGUACACUUUUAGAUCGACUGGUUCAACAUUAGGUGUUUCAAUUGCAACCGCCAUUUUUCAAAAUAUUUUAUUUAUUCAAUUAAAUUUAAAAGUAAAAGCAUUAAUUGAUGAUCCUCAGUUAGCUUCAAAAAUUAUACAAAAGGCUCUUGAAAGUACAGAUUAUGUGAAAAUUGCACCAAAAGAAGUGCAGAACGCUAUAAAAGACUCCUAUGCUUUAGGAUGUCAAGGUGCAAUUAAGUUUGCUUUAGCAACGAUCAUAUUGGGGUCAAUUUCUUCGUUGUUUAUGAAAGAAUAUAAAUUACAUACGAGUGUUGAUAGAAAAUAG